AUGGGUGGGUAUACCAGUAUACCAGUCAAAUAUUGGUGGCCUGCCGUGGACAGUGAAAUUAUCCCAGCUAUCAGUUACCGUUUCAAAACACUAGCAGAAGGGGGUGUAUUUCUAUAUCAACAACGCCAGGACAUUCGGGAAGGCGUAAAAGGUGGUGGUCGGAGCCCGCCAAAACCCGUGGAGGGUGCCAAUGGUGGUUCGAUCACUCAAUGCAGGAGACGGGUAUCUAACAGGGUUAACUGCAAUGCUCGGAUCUGCAUCACAAAGGACAAAGGCGUGGGGUUCAUCGUUAGCAUUUUUGUUCUCAAACACACCCACCGCAUGUGCUCCGAGCCUUUGAAGCUAUUUAUGCGAAUCAAUCGUAAACUAGAUGUAGCCCAGCAAGCGUUCCUUACGAAUUGUGUUAAAGCUAACGUGGGUGGGUCUAAAGGCUUCCGGUUAUACCAGGAAUCAGUGGGGUCGUAUGCCAACAUUGGUGCAACUGACACGGAGUUCCAUAAUUUGAAACGUGACCUCCAGUCAUACGUUCACGACAAGGACGGAGAGAUGAUCAUUGCAAAGUUUAAGCAAAAACGUGACAUUUGUGAGAACUUUUUCUUUGAUUACUAUCUCGAUGAAGAAAAUCAUCUUGCGUGUCUUUUUUGGGCUGACCACACCGGGCGUCAAAGUUUUUUGAGUUUUGGUGAUGUGAUAUCCUUCGAUGCAACGUAUGGUACGAACAGGUAUGGAAAUGUUUACCCGUUCAUUGUGUUGAUUCUGUAA